ACCCAGCUCACAUAAACAAGGUAAGAACGGUCAGGAUCAUGGUGACGACACUGGAAGACUUGUCUGAUCUGAGAAACACCAGGUUUGGUCAGCCGUAUCCCAGGCAUGGUCUCAGUCUGCUGUGGUGGUUUGCAGAUGAUUGCGUCGACAGGAUCAGCAAUAGAGGAAGAAUGAUGGCACGAUACGACCCUGAAGAUGGAUAUUUUGGCUUCCAUGAGUUUCAUAAUGCUGAAGGUCUUCUUCCAGACACUGAUCUAACAUACUAUGAGGUGGGCAACCUGAGCAACCAUCACCACCAUCUGGGCUCACUGCCUCAUGACGUCUGUAAGAAUUACGAUUCUGAUGUACCUGAUAGCAAUACAGAUCGCAUCAUUGUUUCCAUCGAUUCAGCCCAGAAUGGUGAUAUAUGGUUUGAUGAGGUUUAUGUGACAGAGCAUUCAGAUGAAGAUGACUUCAAUGAGAUGUGCACCUAUCACAUCAGUCAAGAUCUCAUAGAACUUAUUAGAGACUUGGAAUGGAGAGAUUUCAUCAGACAAGUUGUAAUCAAACCGCGUCGUCGUCGCCGAAGAUAGCAAAUCUCUAUCAUGCAGAUUUCUUUAUUAUGAUUAAAUAUAUUCUGUUGGUUCUGGAACAACAAUCUUCUCAAUUAAAUGAAGUGAUUACACAUUCCCAAAACUUUUACCUACACUAUCCCAAAUCUUACAAUUAUUUACCCUUUAAAGUUACUUGUAUUAUAUUUACUACUACUUUCCUACUUUUUUUCUGUUUUUUGUUGCAAACUGAAGAUGAAAUAAAAGCUAGUUUUAAAAACA